UUUCAGGAUAGAGAGAGAAAGAGGUUAGAGAGAGAGAGUGAGUGUGGAGAGACGGGGAGAGGAAGGGCCGGAGGCGUUCCGUGGCUCGACGAGCUGAACAUUCCUGGGGAAGGUGGUAGCGUUUGGAAUAUAGUCUUGGAGUUGAGAAGUUACUAGUCGAAGGAAGCAAUGGAGGUAUGUGGCAAAUCCGUCGUAGCAGGGGCUGGAAAUAUUAUUUAUCUGUCAACUAUUUUAGGCCGAGAUGGGCCUAUUCCAGUCCACAAAUGCGAUCGGAAAUGCCAAAACGAACAUGUGUGUGGAAACAUGUACCUUUGUAAACUGACAGGACUGACCCACAUCUGUGACAAGAAUUGUAACCAGAGGAUUUUGUAUGAUAACCAUAGUUCACUUUGCCUAGCAAGCGGCAAGAUUUUCCCUCUUACACCAACUGAGGAACAGGCUGUGAGAGGCGUCCGUAGGAAGCUCGAUGCUGAAAGUUCUUCCUCUGAAAGCUGUGCUUUUAAGCGCAGGCGUGAUGCACAGUUUCAUCCUUCUCCAUUUGAGAGAUCCUUCUCUGCUGUCAGUCCUAUCUGCAGCCAAGUCGGAGAGGGGAUGGACAUGAGCUAGAUUAUUAAUAAUUGUCCUUUAUGCUAUGUUCCUUCUGGAACAUUUUCUCCUUUACUUGAACUUAUGUCAAAGAACUUCAUGCGGAUACUUAAAAAUGGCAGGCUUGAUAUAUCCUGCCUUUUGUAGGAGGACCUUAUUUCUAUUAUUGUUUAAUGCAAUCUUGCCUAACAAUUUCUAGAUAAAUUCUCUCUCGAGUCUGACGUUGAUCCCAAUAUUGUAGUUGAACUCUGUAACUUAUUGUACUACAGUUUCUGAACUGUACCUAUCACAUGGUGCUUCUGGUCAAUGCGGCCAUUGUUGUAGCAUCUUUAAUAGUUAUCUGUUCUUUUCCUUCACUCCCUCCUCUUCUUUUCUUGAUGGCAUUUCCCUUUCUUUUCCAGAUUGAGUGGGGACAGGGAGGAAGGUUAUCUGUAAUGUAAAAGGUGUAGAAGAGAUUAUUGACUGAUGCCUCUUAGCUCUUCUUUUAAUAUUGUCUGUCAGAUAUGUGUGAUGGUUAUGAUCCAUUGGUUUGUCAAAUUUGACCACUGUUGACCCAUGCAGGGAUGCUUUUCCGAGUUCCCAGAUCGAGGACAAUAUAGAAUUGGUGUAUGGCUGAAACUUGGCUUCAUUACUUAAUGCAUAUUAUGUGUACUUACGAGUGUGGAGAGAGAGAGAGAGAGAGAGAGAGAGGGCGAGCAAUAAUUUAUCUCUUAAGUCUUUUCCUUUUUGUUGCAUUAUGUUUAUCCUUGGCUGUUUUUUCUUGGGUGUUGAUGUUCUACAUGGUAAUUUUGCAGGGUUGAAGCAUGUGCACUUUCAGGAGAGUCUUACUUAUCUGUUGAAUAUUGAUGAAUGAUCUAUUUUCAUCCAAAAUUUUCUGAAGUUGAAAGAUCUGGAGCUUUUAGUUUAUUUGUGUUCUUUUCUCGUGUGUAGGAAAAUUGGUUCCCCAGUGGCAGUCAUGCAGAAUUAUCACUCAGGAAGAUGAUGAGAACAGUGCUGAUCGUGGUGUCCUGAUAGCCAAAUACCAGGUGGACUUGGUGGAGAUGAACGGAAAUAUGCAUGAUCUAUCUCUUGGUGGCUUCAAAAGCUUUGAAUCAUGUGUAGCAACUGAGAAUUGCUGGGAAUUGUUCUCGAGCUUGUCUUCUUCGGCACAAAGAAUUCCAAAUGUUUGAGGAGGGAAAACUUCAUGGUUCCUACUUGGCUCCUUUUGGAUGUAUCUGUUUGCAUCGCAAAAACAUUAUCUCUGGUGGACUAUUGGCAGUUUGGUGAAGGUCGGUGCCCCAUCUUGGGAAGCCAGAGAAGUGUCUGUCCCAAGAAGGCCAGUGGAGAGUUUGGUUACUUUCUAACAGCAAAGCUACUGGAAGCCAAGCAUCUGUAUAUGCACAUAAAGAAUCACUUUUGCCUCCAUUUGUGUUUGAGAACCUGCUGAAUUUUUGCGGGUUCCUUGCUCUGCUGACUUGUAGUAAAUCUGCAACAGCUUGGUUUGCGCUGGGGUAUUGCUCAACUAAGCUUCUGCAGAUCCUGGGAAAUGAAAUGGGAAAGUCAACCUAGUGCAA